AUGCUGAUACAAGCAAACUAUUUCAAUUCCUUUUAUCAAAUAAAGUUUUUUAUGCGGAUAAGUUGAUAUAAAGAUGGAGUAUCAAUUAGGCAGAAAAGAUCAGAAAUAAUAAAACUCAAGCAAAACAAAAAGCUAAAAAGCAAAAAAAAAGCAGUACCUAAAAUUCGUAAAGAAAGAAUUCCAACUACUAGCAACUUUGCUCUGCGAAAUAAAGCUAGGCUGAAAUAUCAUAAUUGAAAUUAUGGGUAUUACUAUUCUUUAUUUUAUAGUGGCCUAGAAACUCCAUUUGGUGGCGAUGACGAAGAGGAAAUUGCUAUAGUAAAUACAAGCGUACACGAAAACGAAAAAUUAUUUAAAAAAUCUGAUGCUAUUCUUAAUACAGAGUAUGAAUAUUUGAAACCUAUGAUUCAUUAUAAAAAAUUCAAUUUUUACAAUUACUCAAAAACAUAUUUAAAGCACGUCUCUAUGAAAGAUGUUACUCAUGCAUUUUUUUUAUGCUGCCUAAUGGAUUUCUAA